AUGGAUGCAUGGGUUUCCAUUAGCUUAAACUGGGGAAUGGCGUUCCUCGUUGAGACCACUGCUGGAAUCCUAGCCAAUUGCUUCCUUUUUCAUCUGUAUAACUUUCCACUGUUCACUGCACAAGCGGUGAGACCCACAAACUUGAUUCUCAAUCAGCUGGUCCUAUCGAACCAUCUGGUUCUUUUCUCCAAAGGGAUCCCCCAGACAGUGGCCACUUUUGGGUUGACAAGUUUCCUGGGGGAGUCUGGAUGCAAACUUAUCCUCUACUUAAACAGAGUGGCCAGAGGGGUCUCCCUCAGCACCACCUCCCUCCUCAGUGGCUUUCAGGCGAUUAAGCUUCGCCCAAAUACUUCUGCGUGGCUCAGCCUUCGAAUUAUAUCCUCAAAAUAUAUUGGCACCUGCUGUUUCCUUUGCUGGACGCUACAGCUCCUGCUCAACCUCCAUGUUACUAUGAAGGCAGGUAGUUCAAAAUAUAGCAAAAACCUGAGUGCUAAAGGAAUCUACAGAUACUGUUCCUCAACCAUGUCUGACAGAUUGACUUUCUUACUAAAAGCAUUGAUUUUAUCCCUAAGUGAUAUUGUGUGUCUGGUCAUCAUGGCCUGGGCCAGUGGCUCCAUGGUCCUUGUCCUGCAUAAACACAAGCCUUUAGUCCAGCACAUCCACAGCCACAGCCUCUCCUCCAGGCCUUCCCACGAGGACAGAGCCACACGAACCAUCCUGAUCCUGGUGAGCCUGUUUCUCUCCUUUUAUUCUCUAGCUUCCCUCUUAUCGUUUUGGAUAACCCAGACUGUGAGCCCAAGCCCUUGGCUGUUCAACACCACUGUGCUGUUGUCACUGGGCUUCCCAGCACUCAGCCCCUUUGUGUUCAGUUUCAACAAUAUUUGUGUCCCUCAGUUCUGCUCUGCACUUUGGACAAAGAAAGCAAACCCUCCAACUUUGGUCUCUGUGGUUGGUGUUUCCUCCAGGUCAUGUCAACUUUAA